UCUAUCAACUCUAUGUCUCUUUGCUAAACUCGUUCGUUUGUCUUUUUACAAUUCUUUCCUUAAUGUAUUGCAUGAUUAAAAUUGUAUUUAGUCUUUUGGCUUUUGGAUAUAAUUUUAAAGAAAACAUUAGGAUAUUUGGUGAUAAAUAUAGUUAUACGAAAUUCAUAAAGAUGGCAUAAAGUUGUAGGCGUUCCGUGAAGUCAUUUCUUUUUUGUUAUUUUCAACAUGACAUGGUAGCCGUUUUACAAUGACAAGAAGAAAUUGUGCCUCAUUUGUAAUUUAUAUAUUAAGUAUACCAUUGAUUACUGAAUCUUCACGAGUGACUGUUUAUCAAGGAGAUAGUUUGCCAGACCAUGGGCGAUGCGAACCCAUAACCAUUCCGUUCUGUCAACAAAUAAGAUACAACCAAACAAUAUUUCCAAACAUUCUUAAUCAUGCUAAACAAGAAGAUGCUGGACCAGAAGUAUACCAGUUUACGCCACUUAUUAAAAUAAACUGUUCGCCUGAUUUGAAAUUUUUUCUAUGUUCAGUGUAUGCUCCUGUUUGCACGAUCUUAGAUCAAGCCAUACCGCCAUGCCGUCAUUUGUGUGAAUCUGCUCGACAUAAUUGUGGCAACUUAAUGAAGGAUUAUGGCCACCAAUGGCCAGAACAUCUGGAAUGUUCAAAGUUCCCUGUAGCCACUGAUGAGAAUGUUAUAUGUGUAGGAGAUAAUAAUGUUACCCAUGAGUCUCAUAAACCUAAGGAACCUAGACCUCCAAGAGUCGAUUACAAGUCUAACACUGAUAGAGAUAUAACUAAAAUGUAUCAUGGAAAGAACUAUGGAUUUGUAUGUCCAAUUCAAUUUAAAGUACCUAAAAAUUUAGAUUUGGAAUACUCAUUGAAAGUUGGACAAAAAGUGGAACAUGACUGUGGAGCUCCAUGCAAUGGUAUGUUCUUCAGUCUACACCAGAAGAACUUUUCUAGACUGUGGAUUGGUGUUUGGGCAACACUCUGCACUGUCAGCUGUUUAUUCACAGUUCUUACUUUCCUUAUUGAUACAGAUAGAUUCAGAUACCCAGAGAGGCCUAUAAUAUUUUUGUCAGUUUGUUAUCUUAUGGUGGCUAUAGCAUAUGUUAUAGGCUGGAGUGCAGGAGAUAGUAUCAGUUGUCAAGGUCCUUUCCCAUCAACCAUAGGUGGCACCAGGCUACCAAACAUAUCUGUUAUUACUCAAGGAACCAAACAUGAACCAUGCACAAUACUUUUCAUGAUUGUAUACUUCUUUAGUAUGGCAUCAAGUAUCUGGUGGGUUAUUUUGACCCUCACAUGGUUCUUGGCAGCUGGACUUAAAUGGGGCCAUGAAGCAAUAGAAGCCAACUCACAAUACUUUCAUUUAGCUGCUUGGGCUGUACCUGCUAUCAAAACAAUAUCUAUUCUGGCAAUGGGCAAAGUUGAUGGUGACAUAUUAUCUGGUGUCUGCUAUGUGGGACUAUGGGAUGCUGAAGCUCUUCGAGGAUUCGUCUUGGCACCACUAUGUGUGUACCUUGUACUUGGUACAGUUUUCUUAAUGGCUGGAUUUGUUUCACUCUUCCGUAUCAGAACUGUAAUGAAGCAUGAUGGCACCAAAACAGAUAAAUUAGAAAAACUUAUGAUCCGCAUUGGUGUUUUUGGAGUGUUAUAUACUGUACCAGCCUUAAUUGUAAUUGUUUGUUUAUUUUAUGAACAAGCUUAUUUUGAUAAUUGGAUGGUAACUUGGCAUUGGGAUAUGUGUGCGACUCCACUUUAUUCUAUGCCUUGUCCCUUUACACAUAGAGAAAUGGAGAGGCCAAAAUUUGAAAUGUUUAUGAUAAAGUAUCUCAUGACAAUGAUAGUUGGAAUAACAUCAAGUUUUUGGAUUUGGUCUGGAAAAACACUAGUUUCUUGGCACCAAUUUUUUGACCGAAUAAAAGGAAGGAGAGUUGAAGCAUAUGUAUGAUUGAUACACAUGUAUAUUAUUGCAAUAUUGUGAUAAUAUGCUUACAUCAAAAAUAUUGUAAUCAAAGUUAAGGCUAUUAAAUGAGUACUUUAUUGACUGUGCCAGCUGCAUUUUGUUGGAACUAUUGAAAUUAUUGAUAAGGCUGAUAUUGUAAAUAAUUCUCAUUAUUAUAAGUUUAUUUUGUACUUAAAAUUAAUAUUUAAUGAUUAUGUAUACUUAUUAGAAGUUAUUUUUAAGAAUCAAGUAUAAUGUAAACUUAAAUGUAUGUAGUUUCUUAAUUUUUUUAUGUAAUUGUCAAUUUUUUUCUAUACAUAUCACUGUUGUCUGUUCAACCCAAUGGUAAUAUUAAAGCUUUGUCAUGGACCAUGGUUGGAUUGUGUCGCGAACUUCAAGAAGUCACUUGCUCUCUGUAGACUGUUGGGGCUGGCCCAGUUUAAAUAUCCUUUUAACUUUUGAACUUAUAUAUAUGACUUUUUACAAAAAUCUACAUAUACCUAUAUAAUUAUUUAUUUUCUCUCUCUCUCUCUUUCACUCUCUCUCUCACUUUCACUCUCCCAUCUUUGCGCAUUCCUAGUUUCACCCCCUACCAUAAUGCUCUGGGACCUGGGGUCCGCCCUUCUACAUUAUCUUUUAACUUUGUCUAGUCUGCGGUUUUUCAGUUAUCAAACCUUUAAAAAUAAAGCCAAGUUUUUCUAGCUUCCAUAUCUUAAGACACGGAAUGGUUUAAUUAACGGCCGCCUCCCUGACGUCCACAGUCCAGACGUAACAGUCCUUGACUAUGUUUUUUUGCACGUUGAAAUUGCUCAUUCCUUUAGUUGUUUCUUACUAAACUAAAAUUUUGACCAAACAUGUCCUAGAAUCCUUGGAAAUGAAUUAUCAAAACGUAUUAACGUUUUACAAGCUUUAUUUUUGAUAGUUUAUAUUUUGAAAGUAUGUUGCUGAUAAUUAGCUGUUCUAUUUUAAAAUUAAUUUAUAUCAUACUUUCUCGUAUGAUGAAGAUGAAAUAAAAUAUGUACAAUUUAUAACGGUUUUAUUUUCUAUGUGUAUUCAUAUUUUAUACCGCUUAUCUCCGAAAGUACUGAACAGUUUUUUAAGCUUUCAACUAAUCGCUUUGUUUUAACAAGAAAACAUUUAAAGUUUGUUUUUUUAAAAUUGGUCCAUUUAAAAAAGUUAACACCAUUUGAAUGAACUCAAAGUAUGAGUUUCAUAAAUAAUUGAACUCCCAUACUAAUAUUAUAUAAAGGUAGCUUUUCGGGUAAAAGGUCGGAAUUGAGAUUCAAGUAGUCAUCGCCUAAAAGAAGUGAAAGCUGGGUCUCUUCGCCUUUCACGUCAAAACCAUGGAUCCGAUUCCAUGAAAUUUUACAUAAUCAAUACAUAUAAUAA